AAUUAGUUGUUCGCAUCGAAUCAUCUAUGGAAGCAUCUGAUUAGGCAGUCCUAACAUCAAUCGGGGACCGGCACAAGUGUUCGAGUCACGAUUGAAUGCGGCGGAGUACGGCGGAGCGUGCAUAUGACGCGUCGCUGACGUGGCCGUAUUAUCGGCUAUAAUAUGCUGAUUUUAUUAAUUUAUUUUUCACGAAUAUAAAUAAUACAGAUGGCGGUUUCUCCACCUCUGUUUCACUCUUUCUCUCCCCGAAUCAGCUGCCGCCGGUUUUCGACGAUUUCGGUUACCCGCCACAAUCCACCACCGCCGUCGUCUUCUUCCAGCUCCUGCUCACCUUCACCUAAUUCUUCUUACUCUGCUUUCUCGUCUCAUCCCCCGGGGCGUUAUUGGAAUUUCAUUACUUUCUCCGGCUUAAAAGUUAUCUGGAAGCAUCACGGCCUUAAGGCUCAAGCGAUGAGUACUACUCAAGGAGAUCUUUCAUCUCCAACGGCAAUGAUAAAUUUGGAGGACAAACCCGAUCAUCUUCUCGUUCUUGUUCAUGGCAUCAUGGGGAGCCCAAGUGAUUGGACGUAUUGUGAAGCAGAGUUGAAGAGGCGAUUAGGGAAAAAAUUCUUGAUAUAUGGUUUCAUAAUGCUGGAGCCGGAGUGGUGGCGCAUGUUGCUGACACCAUAA